AUGAACAUUUCAUAGUAAUAUGAAGAAUAAUAAAAUUCAGAAAGGAUUGAUACUCAAUAUCGUAAAUAGAGUCAGAAUAUUUUCAGACAAUAAUUAUCAUAAUAUUAAUUCAAUAAUACUUGGAAACUUAAUGGAUUCAAUAUAAUUUUAAUAGUUCUAAAAUUUAUAUAAGCGAUUACAAAAUAAACAUUUACUACUUAAUUUAAGUUGCUCAAUCGUCAAUUUUUCAAAUUACUUAAAGAUAAUUCUGCUGAUUAUAAUUAUUAUUUACAUAGAGGUUACUUUGCAUAGGCUAAAGCAUAAUCAUUUAUGAUUAAAUUUGAUCAGAAAGUGAACUUCUUAUAAUGUAAUAACAUUUAUUAUUAUAGAUUAUAGAAGAAAUUACAUCAAAAGAAUUAUGUAGUUUUUUUUAUUAGAACCAGAUGACACAAUAAUUAUAGUUUGGAAUAUCUAUCUACUUUGUAUAGUUACAAUAAAUGUAUUUUAUGUUUCAUUACGAUUAUCAUUUGUUGAAAUAGUUGAAAUGGAUUGGAUUUUAAAAGAUUUCAUUUUUGAAUAAUUACCAAGUUAUUCAUUUUUAUUAGAGAUUAUAAUUAAGUUUAAUACUUGUAUUUAUAGUAAAGGAGUACUUAUUAAAAAUAGGAAGAGAUUAAUAAAGCGAUAUCUAAAAAGAGAAUUUGUAAUUGAUAUGGUUUUAAUAAUACCAUUCUUUAUUGGAAGAUAAUUUGAUUUUAUAUAUUUAGAUCUUGUUAUUAUCUUGAAAGUAUUUCAAAUAUCCAAAUUAACUAAUUCUUUAUUCAAUCGUUUGGAAUUGACAUAACAACAAACAACUGUUUUUGAAUUAGUUAAACUAAUGUAAUAAACAAUUAAUAAUAGAGUUUUUUUAUAUUAUUAUGUGCACAUUUUUCAGCUUGUAUCUGGCAUAAACUAGGAGUAUGGGGAAAUAAAAAUACAGUAACAUGGUUAAUAAAAGAAUAAUUAUACAAUUCAAUGUGGAUUGAUAGAUAUGUAGUAUCAUUUUAUUGGAGUAUUGUUACUAUGACAACUAUUGGUUAUGGUGAUAUCACUCCUGUAAAUUUAACUGAAAGGUUAUUUUGUAUAAUAAUGACAUUGAUAUCUACAGCAACAUUUGCUUAUUCUGUUAAUAGUAUUGGAUAAAUAUUUUAAGAUAUGUCUAAAUAAUCUGUUUAAUUUAAAACAAAUAUGAAUAGUUUAAAUAAAUUCUUAAAAAAUUAGAAAGUAUCAACUACAUUACAAAUAAAAUUUAGAAGAUAUUUUGAAUAUUUUUGGAGUAAACCUUCUUAAGAAGUAAUAUAAUUUUAAGAAUAAAUUCCUUAAUAAUUAAAAGAUCAAAUGAUUGUGGAUAUAAAUAUUAAAUUACUAAAAUAAUUAGAUUUAUUUAAGUUAUUUAAUAAUUCAUUAUUGAAUAUACUUUGUUUAUAAUUCAAAGAAUUAUAAUUAUAACCAGAUGAAUAUUUAUUUAAAUCAAAUUAGAAAGCUGAUAUGUUAUAUAUUUUAGUAAAUGGAUAAAUUGAUUUACAUGUGAUAAUCAAUAAAAAAAAAAGAGUCCUUGAAAAAUUAAAGACUCCUUGUUUAGUUGGUCAAUUGAAUUUUAUUCUUAAUACAGAAUAUAAUUAUGAAGCAAUUGCUACUAAAAAUACAAAGUUAUUAGCUAUUGAUAGAUAAACUUUAAUUGAAAAUAUAAAAUAAAGUGAAAUUGAUUAUGUAAUUAUAUUAUUAAUAUUAAAAGGAAAUCUAUAAAAAUUUUGAAGAAGAUAUUAGAUUAUAAAAAUAAUUUGGAAGUAUCUCAAUAAAAUGUUCAAUAUGUCGUAAAUAAAAGCAUUUCAUACUUGAUUGUCCACUACUUAUAGGAGGUAUAAACAGAACAAAAGUAUUAUAUUAAUUGAGACAUAAUAUACCUCAAGAUAGAAUCUAAAAAGUAAGGAAUAAUGAAGAUAGAAGAAUAUCAACAAAAAAGCAUCAUUUUCUUGUUAUGGAAAGUGUAAUAUAAUACAUAAUGAAGAAUGAUGAGAUUUGCAAUCUGGAGGGUAUUAAAGAAUGUAUAUAUAUAUAUAUAUUUAAUUAUAGAAUUACAAGCAGCUAUUAAAUAAUAAUAAUAAUAUGAAGAAAAAAUCUCAAAUAAUUUAUCAAAUUAAUUUACUAAAUAAAUAUCUCUAUUAUAAAAUGUUCCAACUUCAAUAAACUGUAUAUCUCAUUAAUCUCUACGUAAUACUCAAUUAAUUUAAAACCAGAAUUUUUUAAAAGAUAAUUCUAUUCAUUAAAUUCAAGAAAUUCCUAUAGAGAAAGAUGAUCAAUUUGGAAGUUUAAGUAAAUCAUAAGACAUUAGAUUAUUAACAACCUUGAAUAAUUAAAAAAUAUAACCUAUUUUAGAAGAACCAUAAACUAAAGAAGAAAGAUCAGAUGAAAAUAAAUUUUCAAUUAAUCUUAGUGAAUAAUUACCAUAGAUUGAUAAAUAAUAAACUUCUAUUGUACCUUCAAAUAAAAUAGAUAUAAAAGAACAAUAAUAAAAAAUAAUGAAGAAUAAACAUUCAAUUAGAUAGAAAUUUGAGAGAAAAUAAACAGAAUAAUAUGAUAAUAUAAAUAAUAGAAAAAUAAAAUAAUUUAAAAGGUUGUUGACUGAAAGACAAGAUAGUUAAGAAAGAUUACCUCAAUUAUCUGGAUUUAAUAAUUAAUUAAUCAUAUCAUAAUAAUCAAAAAUAAAUACAUUUGGACAACCAGCUAUUUUGAGAAAAUAAAGUAUAUAGGAUUAUAUUAUUUAAAAUGAAAAAGCAUAGGAACGUAUAUAGUAGAAUAAAUUAGAUGAAUCACCUUUUGAAUUAGAAUAUUCAAAUAGUUAACGUUCUAUUAAGAAUAGCAAUAUUAGACCAAAUAUUGAAAUUUAUUAAGUAGAUGAUGAUAGUGAUUAAUCUUAAGAUAUAAAUAAAAAAUAAAUAAAUAACAAAAUAUAUACUAAAGUAGUAAAUGAUAAUGAUAAUUCUGAAGAUGAAAAGGAUUUAACAAAUUAAUUUUUAGAAGAAUAAAUUUUGAAAAAUAGAUAAAGAUUUACAGAUAAAUAGAUUGUAUUUCAAGAACCUACUUAAAAUUAACUAUGGCAUUUUCCAUAAUAAGAGUUUAAACCAUUAGAAUAAAGUAUGAUGAUAUAAUUUGAAAAAAUUAAAUAAAAAGAAGAACUAUUAUAAUAAUAAAAAGAGAGAUAAUAAACAUUAAUAACAAAUAAUAAAGAAAGUAAAGACAUAAAUAAUAAUUAAAUUAAUAUAUAAAGAGGAUUAACUAUUAAAGUAACAUCUGAUGAUUCUUCAGAUGAAGAUAUAAAUGGAUAAAAAUUAAUCAGAGGAUAAUAUCUUGAAAUUUUUAAUGAUUUUGAAGUAGUUAAAGAAUUUAAAUGUUAUUAUCCACAUAAUAAUAUAUCUCAAAUUAUCUAUUUGGUAUUAAUCAAUUAUUAUAUUAGUUAUAUAAAAAUGAUUUUAAUUCAUAACAUAAUUUUAUGAGAAAACGAAAAAUUAAAAAAUAAGAUACAAUAAUGAAUCUACUAAAAUAAACAUAGAAUUUGAUACGCAAAAGUUAAUAAUGA